AUGAUGAGGAAAAACAUAAAUAGCAGGAAAGGUAAAUCAAAAUUCAGAAAAGGGAAGAUGAACAAUGCUAAUGAUAAAAAUGAUGGAAGAUGCUACGAGUGUGGAAAACAUGGACACAUUCAAGCCGAAUGCCCUGAACUGAAAAAGAAACUAAGCAGGAACUUUCAAAAGAAUAAGUCCUUUGGAGCUUGGAAUGAUGAAGAAGAAUCUGAUCACGAGGAAAUUGCCAACAUGUGUUUCAUGGCCAUGAAAGAAGAUAGCAGUGAGUACUCAGGUGAACUUGGUCUCAUGGAAGACGAAGGAACAGGUGAGGAUGAGGACUCAGGUGAACUUGGUCUCAUGUCAGACGAAGGAACCAGUAAGGUACGUCUUCCUACAUGUCCUAACUAUUAUGAACUCCAAAAGUUUAUUAAUAUUGCUCUUGCAGAUAUUGAGAGAGUUCUAAACAAACUUAAAAAAAAAAUCAAAAGAGAAAAGAAAGACUGGGCUUUGAAGUUGGAAGUGUGUGAAAUUGAGCGAGAUAUGCUUCAAGAUGAAGUUAAUGAACCUCAACUUCAACUGAAUGGAUUGCGAAAAUCCACCAGUCAUAGUUCUGUUCAAGAACAACAGGAGAUGGGUCUGGAACACCACAAGAAGAAUCAAAAAGGAAAAUGGUACCUUGAUAGCGCGUGUUCUAAAUAUAUGACUGGUGACAAACAACUAUACAAAACGGUCACCAAACUAGAUGGAAGAACAAUCACCUUUCGAGAUAAAUCAAAAGGAAAUGUAAUUGGAGUUGGAAGAGUUCCCCUCAGCUCAACAUGUGGUGUAGACGAAGUGUACCUUGUUGAUUAA